GACGAAUCGGUUGUACCGGGUAAUUCACUGGUAGUGCAGCAUGGCUAGUUCCUCAAUUCUAACGCCUGAAAGGCGUAUCGAGCUGAAUCCGUUUGACAUUGAUGCUUGGAACUUGAUUCUGAGAGAAUCACAGGCAAGGCCGAUCGACCAAGCGCGAAAUUUUUACGAAAAGUUGGUUACGCAGUUCCCCAACGCAGGACGGUACUGGAAAGCGUACAUCGAACAUGAGGAAAUCAUCUACGAUGGUGAUCUGAUCAUGUUGCAGUUCACUAUCUUGCGGCAAUUCAUGUCACCCCGGCUAUCCGAUAACCGGCGACACUUCUUCUUUUGUUUCUUACCGUACCCUUUAUCUGACCCCAUGAACAAUAAAUAUUUACUCAGAGCAGAAGUCCCAUCCCCAGUGGUUUCGCUUUUCUUUUGCCGAAAUUGUUUGCAAAUAAAUAUUCUUAGCCGGCCU